GUUCCAAUUGUUCACACGUGCUCCUCCUUUUUCAGUCUCGAGUACUCCAGCCCGUGCAGAACAGCUAGGGCUUCGGCUUGUACAGAGGACUACGCACGAACCUCUUCCACGAAGCCGUCGAUGACUCUUCCGGCCUGAUCUCGCAAGAUUCCAGUGACUGAACCGAGGAAUUCUCCUUGCCCCCAUGAGCAGUCGACGUUUAAUUUCAUCGAUCCUCUCUCCGGCGGCGUCCACUUGACCGGAUUUGACUUUUUGGUCUUCGUCGUCAGCAACAACGACAUUCCGUUUCAACCAUUUUAUAUUAACCUAUCAAGGCAUGAACCGGUCAGAAAUGUUAUCUAGAUAACGUUGAGGCUUGAUUGGUUCCUAUUCACCGCUCGAUUAUUUCCUUGAGACGUGCUGACGCGGCCUGUUUCUCUUUAGAAGACAUCGGGUGUGAGAAAGAUCUGCUGAGCUGAGCGAAUUACUGCUAUGGAUAGCUCAGAUGUAGGAACGUCAUCGGGUAGUGAGUAUCAAGUGUUCCUUAGUUUUAGAGGACCCGACACUCGUGCUGGAUUCACCGACUUCCUCUAUCAUAGCUUGACUGAUGCUGGAAUCUGCGUCUUCCGAGAUGACGAAGAGCUUCGUGUUGGUGAAAGGAUUGAUGGAUCACUUCAGCGAGUGAUUGACAAUUCUAGGAUCUACAUGCCCAUUUUCUCUCAGAACUAUGCUUCGAGCCAAUGGUGUUUACGUGAGAUUGCGCAAAUUGUGGCAAAUACCUCCAAAUCGGAAGGUAAUAAAGAGAUUCUACCUAUUUUUUUUUAUGUGGAACCUGACGAUAUUAAGCUGAAAACUCCGCUGUAUCGCGAUGCCAUACAAAAUUUGGAGAGCGAGAAGAAUCUAAGCAAUGAACAGGUAGAUGCAUGGAGAGAGGCUCUCAUGAAAGUUGGUGCGAUAAAGGGGUGGGAAGUGAAGAAGUACAAAGGCCAUGGCGAAUUGAUCAAAUUGGUGGUUGAGAAAGUCGUGGAAAAGUUGAAGACAAAACAUAGAUUGUUGACUGAGCACUUAGUUGGAAUUGAUGAUCGAGUUGUAGCAGUAAGCAAAUUAUUAGACAUUGACUCUGGCGGUGUGCGGCUCGUUCAAAUUCACGGCAUGGGGGGUAUUGGUAAAACGACUCUCGCCAAGGUUGUUUUCAACCAAAACUCUUUUCAUUUUGGCAAGUGUUGUUGUUUCCUUGAAGAUGUCCGAGAGAAGUCAACAAGAACUAAUGGCUUAGUUGAGUUGCAAAAAAAGUUAUUAUCUGAAAUUGGUGUUCAUGCUGGAACAAGGAGCAUUGAUGAAAUUGAUUAUGGAAUGAAGAGGAUUGGCGAAGCACUCUGCAAUAAGAAAGUCUUCAUUGUGCUUGAUAAUGUUGAUAGUAGUGAACAAGUGGAGAAGUUAGUUGGACAGAGUACUUUGCAUUAUGGAUCCCGGGUAUUGAUUACAACUAGAAAUAAACAUGUUUUACAAAUCAAAAGAGUAAAGUAUCUAAUUUUGGAUUAUGAAAUGGAGGUGAUGAGUACUGACCAUGCGCUUGAGCUUUUCAGUAGGCAUGCAUUUAACAGAGAUUCUCCUUCAGAUGACUACAAAGAUCUUUCAAAGGAAAUCAUAUCUUCUACUGGGAGGCUUCCAUUAGCACUUGAAGUAGUUGGUUCGCUCCUCUACAACACAACACAAGAACGAUGGAAAAAGACAUUGAAGAAGUUGAAAAAAGCACCUCACAAUGAUGUUUUUGGAAAGUUAAAGAUCAGCUACGAUGCUUUAAGUUUUGAGCAACAGCAAAUUUUCCUCGAUAUUGCGUGCUUCUUCAUUGGCAUGGAUAAGACGAAUGCAAUUUAUGUGUGGGAAGAUUGUGGACUUCUUCGAGAUGAUGAGGUUGAUGUCCUCAAUAGCAUGUGUUUGAUAAAAAUUAUAGAGGAUAAUAAGUUUUGGAUGCACGAUCAACUCAGAGAUUUGGGAAGAGAAAUUGUUCGUAACGAAAAUCCUAUAAAUCCCGGAAAGCGUAGUAGGUUAUGGAUUUAUGGGGAGAUCCUCGAUACAAUAACCACAAAGGAGAUAAAGAGGAACGUUCAAGCGUUGGAUCUUAAUCUAAGUAAUAGUUAUCAUAAGAACAUUAUUGAAAGUGAAGAGAUUGGAAGGUUUGAGCAAUUGAGGUACCUCAAAUUAGAUGGGGGAACCUUUGUUGGUAACUUAGCAAAUUGUCUUACCGAAUUAAGAUGGAUAUAUUGGAGUUAUCCUCCUCUAGUGUCUAAACCAACCAAUAUGCACUUAAAGAACGUGGUCAUUCUUGAAUUUGUAGAAAAUGACUUCAUGGAUGAUUCGAUGCUACAGAGCUUUGUCGAGAUGGUGGGGAAAUUGAAAGUUCUUACUCUCGAUAGUUGUGACAACAUAGUCAGAACAGCAAACUUCUCUGGAUGCCUGAAUUUAGAGAGGCUUACUUUCGUAUCUUGUUAUAAUUUGAGGAAAAUUGAUGGCUCUAUUGGGAAGUUGAAGCAGCUGACUGACUUGAAGAUUGAUGGAUGCUUUCGUCUUGAAGAUUUUCCUGAAGAAAUUGGGGACCUAUCUAAUUUGAGGCACUUCUCUUUGCUAAAGUGUCCAGUAAAGAAAGUCCCAGAUUCCUUAUGGAAUUUGAAAUCAUUGCGUGAGGUGCACUUUAUUAGUUUAUUUAAUCCAUUUGAUUUAGCAUUUGCAUGGGAGUUACCUAGUGCCAUUGGAAUGCUUCAGAAGUUGGAAGUGCUUCAAGUCAAUAAUUAUAAUUUAAAAGGUCAGUUACCUUCUGAUGUUGGAAGCUUGCCCUUUUUGAGAAUCUUAGAUCUGUCAUGUACUCAUGUUAGUGAAGUUCCAGAGACCCUUCACAUGCUUCCUUGCCUGAAAAGAUUGGAGUUGAGGGAAUGUAAUCAGAUUCAAGAGUUGCCGGUGCUCCCAACAAGUUUAACCCAUCUACUAGUGUCAUCUACAUCGUUGCGGGUAAUCCCGCAUCUCUCAAACUUGAGUAAUUUGGUUGAGUUGGAUCUAAAUGAUUGGGGAGGAGGAGGGGAUAAACUUUGUACAGAUGAAUUAUGGUGGAUUGGGAGGUUAUCCAAGCUGACUAAAUUGAGCUUUGGACUUCACAACCUUCCUGUUCCUACUGAGCUGGCUUCCCUUCCUUUGCUAAAGCAACUUGAUUUGUUUGGAUUUGACCUGCAGAACUUUCCACAACUUCCCUUGUCUCUACAAAAGCUACGUCUUGAUAAUUUCAAUCCAAUCGUGUCCCUCUCUACAAACAUGAUAAAUUUGUCAUGUUUAGGGCUCUAUAGGUCUCCAAUGCAAGAAUUUCAACUCAAUGGGCUUCAACUUCCAAAUAUAAGGGAGUUGUGUGUGGAAAGAUGUGAAUCUCUGGAAAGAUUCUGGUUAUCAAGUAUGAGGAAGCUGAAAGAUGUCAGGGUAUCUUCAUGUAAAAAGCUAGUUGAAAUCCAAUUUUCUUGGUUGGAAUCAUUGGAGGAAUUGUCUAUUCAUCAUUGCAAGUCCUUUGAAACACUAGCUCAUGUGAGGGAAGCAAGGCACGAUAAUAGUGAGCCUGCUAACGAGUUGAUUAGUUGUGAAGGGAGGCUAAUCCUUCCAUUGGGAUUCUUAAAUAAGUUGCAAUCUUUCAAACUUGGGGAUUGUGCUAAGAUACUCGACAUAGAAAUUGUUGGAGCCUCAGAAUCAUUGGAAUGGUUUUCUCUUUCUAGUUGUCCUAAUGUGCGAAGUCUUGGUGGGUUGUCCAAUUUAAAGAACCUUGACUUACUAUACAUUGGCUUUAACGAACGGUUACGGGUUGUCACGGGUCUUGACGAGCUGGAGUUCUUGGCUUUCUUAGUAGUUAAGAGUUGUGGAUCACUGGAAAGGUUGAUUGAUGUAUCAAGUACCAAAAUGCCAAAUGAUUGCUAUAUACAUAUCUCCGGUUGCGGGAAAGACUUUCGGGGUUUCCUCGAGUCUUACAAGCACCACACGGAGCAGGAAUUUAAGCGGAGGAGAAUAUGCUGGGGGAGGACUUGUCUCUCGGCCGUUCUGGAAGCCCUCGCUAUGAAUAAAAAGAAGAUUGGAGCCUCUGGGCGGAACAAGAAUUAAAAGCGGAGGAGGAGAGGACUGGGGAAAGCGUCGUUCCAAUGCCCUGAGCUUCAACAGUUAUCGUCCACUGCAUCCUCCCUUGUUUUUUUCCCCUUCGAUUAACCUCAAACAGGAAUGAAAGCAGAGGAGAAGGCUGGGCAGAGUGUCGUUCCAAAGCCGGAGCUUCAACAGAAUGUGAUGUCGAUUGCGGGAAAAGACGGCACGCUUGCUGGUUCUUCGACAACAGAAGUGGUGAGGCCCUGCUCCGGAAGAAGUCAGAGGACGCUCGCCAUCGAGUCUAAAGGACACCAGCUGAAAGCAGAGCCAGGAGGAUGAUAUACUUUGCCCAUUUUUUUGUAAUUGAUGCCAGUGGCGGCCAGAAAAGCAAACUUAGAAAAUGUCACCGUUGGCCAGGGAUAAGGCCCGUCUAUACUGUAUUUGUGGCCUUUUCUUUUCUUUUGUUUUCUUUUGACCUAGAAGGCAUUCAUUUUUUAAUUCGGUCUUUGCUUUUAAGCUCGGGCUAUGGCUCCCAACCAAUAUACACUUAAAAGAAUGCGGUCUUUCUUCAAUUUUCAGACAAUGGCUUUGUAUAUGAGUUGAAAAUAUGGAUUCAUAUAUGAUUUGAAACUACAGAGCUUAAUCAAGAUGUGUCAUGCUUCGAAGA